UAUACGGCGGAGUGUCGGCGUGUCAGUGAUGCGGCUGUUUUAUUUGAUUAAUGAUCUAAAAAAGUAGGUGUACUGCUGAGCCCGUAUUUGCAGAAGUUUUUCAGAAGGGGGCGUGACCAAGCGCCAUGAUGCCGGUGGUGCGCACCCCGAUGGAGGGCGGCGGCGACGGGCCGCACGGCCCCACCGGCGGCUCCAUCUCGCUCGGCCUGCUCAUCGACUUCAUCGUGCAGCGUACCUAUCACGAGCUGUCCGUGCUGUCCGAGCUGCUGCCUCGCAAAAACGACAUGGAGCGAAAGAUCGAAAUUGUUCAGUUUGCGUCCCGUACGCGCCAGCUUUGCAUCCGGUUGCUGGCGCUGGUGAAGUGGGCCGGCAGCGUCUCCAAGGUGGACAAGAGCGCCGGCAUCAUGGCCUUCCUCGACAAGCAGAGCAUGCUGUUCGUGAACACGGCCGACAAGCUGUCGCAGAUGGCGCGCCAGGAGCUGGUGGCGGCGCGUCUGCCCACGUUCCACAUCCCGGCGGCAGUGGAGGUGCUCACCACGGGCUCCUACAGUCGGCUGCCGCUCUGCAUCCGAGAGCGGAUCGUGCCGGCCAAGGCCAUCACGCCCGCCGAGAAGGCCACCACGCUGCAGCGGCUGAACCAGAUCAUCGAGCACCGGCUGGUGACGUCAGAGCUGCCGCCGCAGAUGCUGCAGCUGAAGAUCGGCGCCGGCCGCGUGCGCAUCACCGUCGAGCACGAGUUCCAGCUGCCCCUGACGGCCACCAGGUGUCGCUGACCCCUGAUGGGUGACGGUCCCACCGUGCCCUGGACCCUGCUGGAGAUCGAGAUCCUGGUGGAGGACAAGGAGACCGGCGAGGGCAAGAGUCUGGUGCAUCCGCUGCAGGUGCACUACCUGCACCAGCUGGUGAGCUCGUACCUGGCCGACUCGGCGCGACCUCUGUACGACAUCUACACCAUCCUGCACUCGUUCAGUCAGAGUCUGCAGCUGGAGGUGCUGCACUCGCAGGUGGUACAGCUCUGCAGAGAUCGGCUAGGUGACAACGUGCGCGUGCACGAGUACCAGCCCGGCCGGCUGCUGGCCGUCUCAUACUGGCGGGAGGUGACGGGCCGAGAGGCGCGCUCGGAGCCGGGCUACCGCGUGACGCUGCAGACGGACCCGGCCGACGCCGGCCGGCCGCUGCUCGUCACCCACUCGCCGCCGCUGCCCGACAGCCGCACGGCCGAGCAGGCCGAGCGCGCCGUCCGCUCCGAUCGGCUCUCGAUCGAGCGUCUGCUCGUGCACACCAUCCACCUGCGCAGCCGCGCCGUGCUGGCCGAGACGCGCGGCGAGCUGGCGCGCCUGGUGCAGCUGGAGCCCGAGCAGCUGGCGCUGGCCGGCUCGCCGGCCGUGCUCAGCGUACCGCUGCUGCAGCCGUGCCUCAAGGGCGAGCAGCUGCUGGUGGCCGUGGACGUGCACCGCGGCACGCUGACGGCGCACGUGCCGCUCUACGAGACGCCCGUCUGCGAGGAGGUGACGGCCGCGCUCAACGGUGACCGCUCCACGCUGAGGCAGCUGCUCACCAGGCUCAGAUUCUGGGUGACGCUGCGCCGAGCAGAGAAGACGCUGCAGCACCUGCCGGCCUCGGCGCAUGAGUCGCUGCCGCUCUCCUACCGCGAGGGCCACGCACUGGGCCGGUUGCCGGCGCAGCAGCUGUACGUACGUCUGCACCGCUUCCCCAGCCGCGUGCUGGUGGUGGUGUGCCAGGAGCGGGCCGCAUGUCCCAACCAGAUGGAGUACAGCUUCUACAUGGUCACCGUUAAGCCGUCCAGCAUCGAGGAUGGCUCGGACGACGCCAACGAACGCCACCUGCCGAAGAAGUAUCUCAAGGUGCUGACGUUCGUCGAGCUGGACACGUUCCUCUGCCUGCACGGGCCGGGCACGGCGCUGGAGGCGGCCGAGGGGCCGCGGCGCGCGCGCGCUCCCUCGGCACCCGGCUCGCCUUCGCGCAUGGCCGGGCCGCGGCCGCGCGCCUCACCCGCCUACUUCAUCAGCGAGCUGGCGCAGGUGGUGGCGCUCUGCGACGAGCAGAUCCCGUGCGCGGCCCUGUGCCGCGAGCUCAGCCGACAGCACGUGCCGCACGGUGGCGCUGCGGUCGACCCCAGCGGCCAGUCGCGGUACAUUCGCCUGAUGGAGCUGCCGGCAGUGGCGGGCGUGGACGCGGCGGCCAUGGAGCGCCUCCAGGCGGCGCUGCUCUCGGCCACCAUUACACAACAGGAGGACAAGCUGGGCAGCCGCUGGGCCGUGGAGUACGUGUUCCAUGGCGCGCCGGCACGCUCGCAGCAGCCGCGCGAGCAGGCCAGCCGGCGGCCCGUCUACUUCUGGUACCGGCAGCCGUCGACAGAGGCCGUGUCGGACGUGGUGGACCGGCUGCUGGCCGACUGGCGCCAGAUGGCCGAGCUGUACGCGCUGCUGCUGGCCUUCCAGCAUUUCGUGGCCGAAGACCGGCAGCGCGGCCUCACUCAUCUGACAGAGGUUUCGUCGUUCACGUACCGCGCGCUCACGCUCGCCUACGGCCCGAACAAGGGCGCCACCGUGCGCGUGGAGCACAGCAGCGAUGAGAAGCGGUUCAAGCUCAGCUUCGGCAUCAAUGCCAGGUCAAGCAGCGCCACCAACCCGCACGCGGUGCUGCGCGGCCAGCUGGAGGACCUGCUGAACGCGGAGCGGUCGCUGGCGCAGCUGAUGGUGGCGCUGGACGAGACGUACUCGCCGCUGGUGUCGCUCGACAAGCUGUCGGCCACCCCGAGGCUGGGCGUGCGUGGUGACCGGCCACUCGACCCAAUCAUCAACUUCAUCCUGCUGCCGCAGUCGGCCUGGCACGUGCGGCUCGUCUACCGCAAGACGUACUGCCUGUCGGUGCAGCUGCACAGCGAUGGUCUGGUGUCGGUGCGUGACGGCGCAUUCUGCGUGCUGGACCGCGGCCGGCCGCUGGAUGAGCUGCACCCCCUGCAGAACCUGGCUGCAUUCCUCGUCAAGUACGCGGCCGACCCGGCCUUCGCCGGCGGCGGCGGCGAGGAGGACACGCCGCCGUCGCCGACCAGUCUCCCGCUCAUGUCGCCGGCGCUGGCCGCCGCGCCCGUCAUGCUCACGCACGAGUCGUUCGACGCGCUGUGCACGCGCGCGCCCGUGCCGGCCAGCACGCUGCGCGCGCCGCCCGAGGUGAUGCAGGUGUCGCCGCUGGAGCGCUACCUCGGCUGCGUGUACCUGCGCACGCACCUGCGCAAGACGCUGGAGGAGGAGGCCGCCUCCAACAUCGUCCGGUUGCCGUGCACCGAGCAGGGCGUGACGCUGUUCAAGACGGCCUGUGUGCAGUGCCGCGUGCGGCUGGAGCCCGAGUUCGUGCAGACGCUGCACCUGAGCGUGCAGUCCAGCCCCGACUCGCUGGAACAGUGGCAGCCGGAGGAGACGCAGGUGCUGGAGCGGUUCUUCGACACCAAGGUGGCGGUGCCGCCAUACCGGCAGAAUACUCUCAAGACGUUCGUGCGGAUCCUGAACAUGCCGUCAAACGUCCUGAGAGACUUUAUCCGGAUCAUGCAGCUUGAGGAGGUCACCUCCGAUCCCAACAGCCCCCAGGCUGCGUCGAUGAACUGGCAGGUGGAGUGGUGCACCAUGUCGCACCCGGCCGCCACGCCACCGCUCAUUCCCAACGGCGUCGUCUCGCUCAUCAACGCCGGCACCAAGCUGCUGUUCUUCCUGCAGCUGACACGCCGGCUGCCCGGGCCGCCGCCGCCCGGCGUCGAGCCCGCCAGGCUCGUGCUGCCCAUCGUCUACCACAUGGCCGACAACCUGACGCAGUGUGCCGACAAGAAGGACUACCAGCCCAACCAGGUGACGACGCACGUGAACCAGCUGAUGCGGCACAGCAGCGAGCUGGCUGCACAGUCGGGCGACUGCUCCAUCUUCCGCGCCGUGCGCGACGUCGUGCACAAUUUCACGCUGCCGUCGGAGCAGCCGGUGGCCGUGGCGCAGCCCAUGGGCGGCGACGGCGUACCGGCCGGCGGCCCGAUGCUGAUGCAGCAGCGCCAGUACCAGCAGCAGCGGCCCAUGCCAGGCAUGAUGCCCUCGCUGAUGGGCGCCGGCGGCGGGCCGGCCGGGCAGGUCAUAUGCAUCUGA